CCUUUCAUUUGCGCUUUCUCAGGGAUACGAAACAGGACACCAAGCGAGGAUCAUAUGAGUGGCACAGCAUUCUGAGCAGAAAAGCCGACCAAUGACUAAGACAACGAUGCAUUGGCUGGCUCACUUCCAGAUCAUCUUGCUAUGUAUUUGGUUGAUGUGCCCCAGUUCGCAGGCCAUAAAGUGCGACACUUGUGGCAAGGAGUGUGCCAGCGCAUGUGGCACAAAGCACUUUCGAACAUGCUGCUUUAACUACCUUCGCAAGCGAUCCGACCCGGAUGCACUGCGGCAAAGCUCGAACAGGAGGCUCAUCGACUUCAUACUGCUGCAGGGACGUGCCCUCUUCACCCAGGAGUUGCGAGAAAGGCGCCACAAUGGCACUUUGAUGGACCUCGGCCUGAACACCUACUACCCUUAAGGACUUCCCCAGAUGACCCAACUUGUACUGACACCGAAACUGGCAUCGACUUCGACUAACGAACUAUGUGAUCCAAUGGCUAUGGCAAAUGGUUGAAAUGCUUGAAAUGUUACUCACCAAUAAAGGCACAAACUUCUUUGGGGCACUGUGCUUGA